AUGGAAGACGGCGCACAGUUAGCUAGUGAGGCGCAGCAAAAUGCAGAAAUUGCAAGAGUAGCGGUGAAGAUACCUCCAUUCUGGCGAGCGGAUCCUGCCUUAUGGUUUAAACAAAUUGAAUCGCAAUUUGUGAUUGCAGGAGUAACGCAAGACUCAACGAAGUUUCAUACAGUGGUAGCAGCCAUGGAAAGCAGUGUUUUAUCGAAAAUAAGUGACAUUAUUAUCAACACUCCAACAUCAAACGUGUACAGUAUUCUGAAAGAGAGAUUAAUCAGCUCAUUUUCUGACUCCGAAGAGAAACGCUUGAGGAGACUUUUUAGUAACGUAGAAGGCGGUGACAAAAAACCAACGGAAAUAUUAAAUGAAAUGCGAACACUAUCCCAAGGUAAGGUUUCAGAAGAGUUGUUAAAACAACUGUGGAUGCAACGUCUACCGUUACAAGUCAAAGCAAUUUUAUCUGUUAGUGAAGAUAACUUAGAUAAAUUAUCAGUUAUGGCAGAUAAAAUAUGUGAUACAACGGAUGUGACUGAAAUGAAUGCAUAUACCACACAACCAACAUUGGAUAUGCAAUCACUAGAAAAAAGAAUAGAAGAAUUAUAG